GUUUCCCGAGCCUGCCUCCGAGACCGAGCUGGCGACGCUCAUCAGGGAGAGCAGCGCCUAUCACGAGGGCUUUAAACCGCAGGUGUCGAAGACGAAGAAGUACAUCGGUGUGUUCUACGACCAGAAGGUCGCCGGCCAAGGCGACGCGCGGCCGAACGUGAGGCCGCCCUACUUGAGGAACGCGCACAUGGAGAAGCACAUCUGCGCGGCCAUCAAGGCGGCCCCGGUUGCUGCGGAUCCUGAGGAGCAGGAUAAUGCUCCGAAGCACUUGCCCGCGGAGCUCGCGUUCUUCGUGUGCGACGGGGGGAAGACUGGGCAGGAGACGACGCUCGUGAACAAGUUCGUCGACGAGAGCAACAAGCCCUACCUCAAGUCCAAGCACACAGUGACGGUCAUCUACUCGGAGGAAAGCGUGGUGAACCGCCUCAAGAUCAAGCGCAGAACCACGGCUGGCGCGCUCCAGGUCGAGAAGAUGUACAUCGUCACCGGCAAGGCGAUCGAGAUCGAGGACAGGGCCAGGCUCGCGUUGAGCGGCACCACUGUCGGGGAGCACAUCAGUUGCGCCUGGAGGUCCUGGAGCGACCCGAGCCAUUGGACGAUGAAGCGCAAGCACAAGGCGACCAUCAUCACGAAGAAGGACACCAUUGCGAACGGUGGCCGCGGACCCGGUCACGACGAGGAGGAGGAGCGCAAGGCGGAGAAGGAAGAGGCCAAGGCCAUCACGCCGGAGAGCGAAGAGCAGGUGUUCUGGUGGGCACCGCCGCCCACCCUGCAGGAUGAAUGGAUCCACAACUUCAACCUUCGCGCGGUGGUCGACCUCACUCCCGGGGAUGGCGCCAGGGCGAUGUGCUGCAUAAAAAAUAAGAUCCCAUACGUGGCCAUCUGCUUCAACCAGGAGAACGUCGAAGCCUUGUACGACCAUGUCUUCAAGGAGACCAUGAAGGAAUCGUUGAACGAGGGCUGCAAGCAGCUCUACUCCUCGGAGCUGGCGGCCGUCGUCGUCGACAGCCAGAAGGCUAAGACCGAGGAGAGCGGCACGGACACGGCCGACAAGAAGAAGGGCGCGAAGAACAAGACCGGCAGCAGCGGCGGUAGCAAGGACGGCGGUGGCAGCGGCGCCAGCGGCGGUGGCAGCAAGGACCCCAUGGACCGCUCGGCACUGGUGGAUCGCAUCCGCGCGCUGGCUGGCGGCCCCGCUGCCAAAAGGCGCAAGAAGGAGAAGGCUGAGGAUGACGCCGCUGAGGGUGACGAUGGUGCGGACUCCGUCUCCGACGUCGAAGAGGAGGUGUGA